GAGAGAGUUCACCAUUAUUAAAGAGGGACAGAAAUGUCAUGCAAUGUUUAUUCUGAGCGCUAGGAAGUAUUUGCCGUGUCGCCACAUACACUCAACGCUCACAUUGUAUGCAUUUAGAAAUCUAAUACAUUUUCAUCGGCUUGACUGGAGAAACUGGACUGUACCGGUCGCACCUGAUUCAGAGACGAAUAACAAAGACUGAGACGCUUUAAAACACCGAGAAAUCUUCAGACUGCACUAUGAAUCACCUGAAUAUACUAGUUCUGCAUUUUAAGGACUAUAUUAGGCAUUCUUAGUCGUUAAUGUCAUUGUCGUUCUGGAUGGAAGGCGUGAAUAUGAUAUUAUUUUGGUAACGUGAGGUGCGCGCGCGUGUCUUAAGGAGAUCCGGGAUGAUUUUAUUUAUUUGCACGCACAUAUUCGAAUAUAUAUAGAUAUGUUCCAUACGUCACAUGUUAUAUCUCACAUAUAGUCAAUAAUUGUGCGAUAUACCCCGAUUGUUUCGCUUUAAAACGUCCGUAUUACUUUGCAUACGAGAUUUCACGCUUGGAUAAGCGACACUGACUCCACACUGGACCACGUACAUAUGAGUUUUUUGGAUGUCCUCGUAAGGAAACUGAGGUGAAGAUGUGGAUCAACCCUGAGGAGGUGUUGUUGGCCAGUGCGUUGUGGAUGACGGAACGCGCGAAUCCGUAUUUCAUCCUGCAGAAGAGAAAGGGCCAUGGAGGCGGUCUCGCGGGUCUGCUGGUGGGAACCCUUGACGUUGUGUUGGACUCCAGUGCUCGUGUGGCCCCGUUCCGGAUCCUCUACCAGACCCCUGAUUCACUGGUUUAUUGGACCAUCGCCCACGGGAGCUCGCGUAAGGAGAUCACAGAGAACUGGGAGUGGCUUGAGCAGAACCUGCUGCAAACGCUCUCCAUCUUUGAGAAUGAAAAUGACAUCACUACGUUCGUCAAGGGAAAAGUCCAGGGCAUCAUAGCUGAAUACAACAAAAGCCAUGAUAUUAAAGAAGACGAUGACACUGAAAAAUUCAAGGAGGCCAUCGCUAAGUUCCGUAAACUCUUCGCCAUGCCAGAGGAGGAGAAGCUGGUUAAUUAUUACUCCUGCAGUUACUGGAAGGGGAAGGUGCCGCGGCAGGGCUGGCUGUACCUCAGCAUCAAUCACCUGUGCUUUUACUCCUAUAUUCUCGGAAAAGAGGUUAAGCUGGUCAUCCGCUGGGCUGACAUCACACAGCUGGAGAAGAACGCCACGCUACUGCUUCCGAACAUGGUGCGCUUCAGUACGCGCUGCAGCGAGCACAUCUUCUCCGUCUUUCUGAACAUCAACGAGACGUUCAAACUCAUGGAGCAGCUUGCCAACAUCGCCAUGAGACAACUGCUGGACAACAAGGGCUUUGAGCAGGACCGCUCUCUGCCCAAACUCAAGAAGAAAUCGCCCAAGAAAGUGUCAGCCCUUAAAAGGGACUUGGACGCCAGGGCUAAAAGCGAGCGAUACCGGGCACUGUUCCGCCUGCCCAAAGACGAGAAACUAGACGGCCACACAGGCUGUACACUGUGGACCCCCUUCAACAAGUUGCACAUCCUCGGACAGAUGUUUGUCUCCACCAAUUACAUCUGCUUCACCAGUAAAGAGGAGACUGUCUGCAGUCUGAUUAUCCCUCUAAGAGAGGUGACCAUCGUUGAGAAAGCUGAUAGCUCCAACGUCCUUCCCAGCCCCUUGUCAAUCAGCACCAAAAACAAAAUGACUUUCCUCUUUGCCAAUCUCAAAGACCGGGACUUCCUGGUGCAGCGGAUCUCUGACUUCCUGCAGCAGACUACUUCCAAAAUGUACUUUGAGCGGGAAAUCACAGGCAGCCUCAGCAGCUCAGACGAUGAGGUAUACUCGCAGCAGGGCAGUGUUUUGUCCUGUAGUCCUCAGCGCAGUGCUCUUGGCUCAGAGGGAGAGAGUGAGAGACAGUUCAAUCUCAAUGAUAACAGAGUUCCCACAGCAACACAAGCACUGAUGACCAUGUACCGUCGUCGAUCCCCAGAGGAAUUCAACCCCAAACUGGCGAAAGAGUUUCUGAAGGAGCAGGCGUGGAAGAAUCACUUUGCCGAGUACGGUCAGGGAAUGUGUAUGUACCGUACGGAGAAGACCAAAGACCUGGUGCUGCGGGGCAUCCCGGAGAACAUGAGAGGAGAACUCUGGCUCCUGUUCUCUGGGGCAAUUAACGAAAUGGCGACUCAUCCUGGUUAUUAUGAGGAUCUGGUGGAGAAGUCGAUGGGGAAAUACAAUCUGGCCACAGAGGAGAUCGAAAGAGACUUACACCGGUCUCUGCCAGAACAUCCUGCCUUUCAGAACGAGAUGGGCAUCGCCGCCUUGCGUAGAGUCCUAACUGCUUACGCCUUUCGCAACCCCAAUAUUGGCUACUGCCAGGCCAUGAACAUAGUGACCUCGGUCCUGUUGCUGUACUCUAAAGAGGAAGAGGCCUUCUGGCUGCUGGUAGCGUUAUGUGAGAGGAUGCUGCCAGACUACUACAACACCAGAGUUGUUGGUGCUCUGGUAGAUCAGGGUGUGUUUGAAGAGCUGGCUAAUGUGCACGUGCCUCAGCUGUAUGACUGCAUGCAGGGGCUGGGCGUCAUCUCCACCAUCUCCCUCUCCUGGUUCCUCACGCUCUUCCUGUCUGUCAUGCCCUUCGAGAGCGCUGUGGUGGUGGUCGACUGCUUCUUCUAUGAGGGCAUUAAAGUCAUUUUCCAGCUCGCUCUGUCUGUGCUCGACGCUAAUAUACAUCAGCUGCUGAGCUGUAAAGAUGAUGGAGAAGCCAUGACUAUACUGGGCAGGUAUCUGGACAGUGUGACUAAUAAGGACAGCACUCUUCCACCAAUCCCACAUCUCCACUCUCUCCUCACUGAUAACAGAGAGCCUCAUCCAGAGGUGGACAUCUUCAAACUCGUCCGCAGUUCAUACGAGAAGUUUGGCUCCAUUCAGGCGGAUGUGAUUGAGCAGAUGCGCUUCAAACAGAGACUGAGAGUGAUUCAAGCCAUUGAAGACAACACCAAACGCAACGUGGUGCGUACCAUCGUAACAGAGACGGCCUUCAGCAUUGAUGAACUGGAGGAGCUCUACUCGCUCUUUAAGGCUGAGCAUCUGACCAGCUGUUACUGGGGCAGCACCAGUAACCCCGUGAACCAUCACGACCCGAGCCUUCCGUACCUGGAGCAGUAUCGCAUCGACCUGGAGCAGUUCAAGGGGCUGUUCGCUCUGCUCUUCCCCUGGGCCAGCGGCACACACACUGAUGAUCUGGCCCUGCGGUUCUUCCUUCUGCUGGACCACAACGCAGACGCGCUCAUAAACUUCAGAGAGUUCAUCAACGGCCUGAGUGUGCUGUGUCACAGUGACCUGACGGAGAAACUCAAGUUCCUGUACAAGAUGCACGUGCUUCCAGAGUUGCGUCAUGAGCAGGACGAGCCGGAUUCGGCCUGUGAAGCUACACAGUAUUUCUUUGAGGACAUCACACCUGAGACCUCCAGCGAUCACGACCCCAAGAACAGGAUUGAAAAGGAUGAUGGUUUUGUCAGGGUUACUUUUAAGAACGAAAAAGUGAAGAAAAUGCACACUCCAGAUUACCGGACAUACAUGCGCUUGUGGAACCAGGAGACCAAAUCAAAGCUAGAGAACAUGAAGGAUCUUCCCAAACUCAACCAGAGUCAGUUCAUCGAGUUGUGCAAGACUCUAUAUAACAUGUUCAGUGAAGACCCCAACGAGCAGAAGCUGUACCACGCCACCGCCACGGUCGCCAGUCUGCUGCUGGAGAUGGGCGAGGUAGGAAAGCUCUUCUGUAGUCCCGCUAGCAAGGACGAAGAUGAAGGCGACAACGAAGAGGAUGAUCAGAUUCCAUCUCGCAGAAGCAAACACCAAAAAGAGUGUCGCAAACCCUGCUUCUACCCACCGGGUGUUCCGGGCGAUGCCGAUUUAAACUCCGGCAUCACGGGACCCUUGGAGGACAUCAAACUUGAGGACUCGUCACCCAAAGACACAGCCACGUCCUCCGCCAUGCUCAUCUCUGAUGACGAGACCAAAGAUGACACAUCCAUGUCGUCGUACUCCGUCCUGAGCACCGGCUCGCACGAAAUGGACGAUAAACUUCAAUGUGAGGACAUCGUGGAGGAUACGGUACUCAUACGCAACAGCGGGAGAGCAGGACUUCAUGGGACAGAGGGUUUGCCUCACAGCGCUAGCAUCGAUAAAGACUGGGCCAUCACCUUUGAGCAGUUUCUGGCCUCUGUGCUCACCGAACAAGCCCUGGUGCAGUACUUUGAGAAACCUGUAGAGAUCGCUGCGCGAAUAUCUAAUGCUAAGAACGUUCGGAAGGUGGGACACCCGCACGUGCCCGUCAGUGACUAUGAGAUCUCGCUAUCUGGCUAACAUGCUAAAUAAAACAACAGCUUUACACUCAAAGCUGUGUCUGAACUUUGAGGUGUAAUCUAAUAGUUAUAAUUCUGUCAUCAUUUACUCACCAUGUCGUUACAAACCCGAAUGACUGACUUUCUUUGUGCAACACAAAUUAAGUAAUUAAGCAAAAUGGUCAAACUUCUCUUUUCCAUACAUUGACAGUCAUUGGUGACCAUGGCUGUCGAGCUUAAAUAAAGAAGCACCAUAAAACUAUUUCAAAUCAUUUGAAGCUAUACAAUAGUUUUGUGUGAGAAAAUGCACAAAAUGUAAGUCAUUAUUCACUGAAAAUCUUCGCCAUAUUGCAUUUGCGCCUACAUUUAAACACCUGGCGACACAUUUUUGUGUUUGGUUUUACGAGAGUGGGUAAAUGAUGAUGGAAUUAUCAUGUGAAAUAUCCCUUUAACUAAACUGGCCAUUUUUUCUCUUGUGGAUCUCCACUUAAAUCAGUGUGAAACAUCAAAGUCUUCAUGUUUAUAUGGGCUUAUUAAGGAAAGGACAGUAAUGACUUCUCCCAGAGGGUAAGUCUUUGAUCUUUGCUGAUCAGUUGGUGCGAUAGUGACCUUUUGUGAUGUAACAAACAAAAUGACUUUUUACAUGUACAAAGACUGAAAUGAACCAUUCACCUGUUGUAUACUACAAUGCGUGUACUUUAUAUACAGAAAUGGUUACUAGUAUCUAAUACAUUUAGACUGUUUAUCAUAGUAAUCGUGUCUAGAAUAGCUCACUAGUCCUGACUGGGCAAAAAAAAGAACAAGAGUCCUACAAGGAACUUUGCAUAACGUUGGCUUAACAUUCACAGGGAUAGUCGAGGGUCCAACUGAUCACCCUCUCUUGAGGAAGGACUCAAAAGGAAUGGUUCACUCGAACUGAAUGAACAUUUUGUCAACUUUAGGCACUUUUGUUCAUUCAACUCUUUUCCUACAAGGAACGUGAAUGGUGAUUUAUACUGCCAAGCUCCAAAACGGACAAAACCCCCAUUACGGUAUCAUAAUAGAAGCAUGUAUGGACGACUUGUGCGCUAUAGUCAAAAUCCUCUGCAUCCAUAUGACAAGUUUGUGGGAGGAACGGACCAAAAUAGGAAGCAUUUUCAGGUAAACUAAAAUGAUGUCUUCUGCUUUAAUUGAAGCCAUGCAACUAAUUCCAUCUAAUAUCACAUAUAUGUGUAUUAGCUCUAUUCUUUGCACCUGCACUUUUGGAUUUUCUUCUAUCUAUUUGUCACCUAAAACGCUUAAAUAUCAUAUGUUUCUCAGCUGAGAGGCGACGCAAUCCAGAUGCAAAUAUCAGACUUUUAGGCAUUCACUAUGUACAGUAUAGUAGAUAUAUACUGAAGACCCCGAUCAUGUACAGGUUAUAAGUUAGUGUGUAUUCACCGACAGGCAUGUGGCAUGUCUGUCCAUCGUCUUGUAAGCUAUAUAUGUUUUUUCAUCAUUGUAUGUUUUUAAGUUUACAUUUUAAUGUGAAUGGUUACAAUUGACCUGUAAAUGAUGCAAACCUCUUUCAGUAAUUAAAAGUAUUU